GCGGCAGCUGCGGCCAGCGCGACCGUCACCUAUGAGACGUGCUGGGGCUACUACGACGUGAGUGGCCAGUACGACAAGGAGUUCGAGUGCAACAACAGUGAGAGCGGCUACCUGUACUGCUGCGGCACCUGCUACUAUCGCUUCUGCUGCAAGAAGCGCCACGAGAAGCUGGACCAGCACCAGUGCACCAACUAUCAGAGCCCCGUGUGGGUACAGACGCCCAGCACCAGGGUGGUGUCGCCGGGACCCGAGAACAAGUACGAUCCGGAGAAGGACAAGACCAACUUCACGGUCUACAUCACCUGCGGGGUGAUCGCCUUCGUCAUCGUGGCCGGUGUCUUCGCCAAGGUCUCCUAUGACAAGGCCCACCGUCCUCCACGGGAGAUGAACAUCCACAGGGCUCUGGCUGACAUCUUAAGACAACAGGGACCAAUCCCCAUAGCACACUGUGAAAGAGAAACUAUCUCGGCUAUCAAUACCUCUCCCAAAGAGAACACGCCGGUCAGGUCGUCCUCCAAAAAUCACUACACCCCCGUGCGUACAAGCAAGCAGACUCCAGGGCAUUAUGGGAAGGAUGCUUACCGAAGUGGAGGACCAGAUCUCCAUAACUUCAUCUCAUCUGGAUUUGUCACAUUAGGAAGAGGACACACGAAGGGUGAUCGUCAGUAUAAUCAUCCGAUUUUGAGCAGUGCUACCCAGACCCCUACACAUGAGAAGCCCCGGAUGAACAACAUCCUGACAUCGGCCACCGAGCCCUAUGACCUCUCCUUCUCCCGCUCUUUCCAGAACUUGGCACACCUGCCCCCAUCCUAUGAAUCUGCAGUGAAGACCAACCCGAGCAAGUAUUCAUCUCUGAAGAGGCUAACCGACAAGGAGGCCGACGAGUAUUAUAUGAGGCGGAGGCACCUGCCCGACCUGGCGGCCCGCGGCACCCUCCCGCUCAACGUCAUCCAGAUGUCGCAGCACAGGCCGCUGCCGCGGGAACGCCCCCGCCGGCCCAUCCGGGCCAUGUCCCAGGACAGGGUCUUGUCCCCACAGCGGGGCCUGCCGGAUGAGAUCGGCAUGCCCUAUGACCGCAUCCUGUCAGACGAGCAGCUGCUUUCCACUGAGCGCCUGCACUCCCAGGACCCGCUGCUGUCCCCAGAGCGGACGGCCUUCCCCGAGCAGUCCCUGUCGCGGGCCAUCUCCCAUACGGACGUCUUUGUGUCCACGCCCGUGCUGGACCGCUACCGCAUGACCAAGAUGCACUCCCAUCCCAGUGCCUCCAAUAACUCCUACGCCACCCUGGGCCAGAGCCAGACAGCAGCCAAGCGCCACGCCUUUGCCUCGCGAAGACACAACACGGUGGAGCAGCUGCACUAUAUCCCGGGCCACCACACCUGCUACACAGCCAGCAAGACUGAAGUGACCGUGUGACCGACCGGCGGAGCCCGACUGGGCGCUUGGGGUGGGCAGGGCAAAACAGAGCAGGGCUCAGGGGCAGAAUUUCCAGCCUCCUACUUGUCCCUUUCCCUUUCCGGGUCUCCUCCAUUGGAGGUGGGGGUGGGCCGCCUUGUCCGGAAAGCCAUACUCCUGGGGGACCCACCUCCCACAGCCUGGUCCAACACGCUCAGACCCAGGACCUAGAGCAUCUGCUGUUACUCUUUCAAUAGAAUCGAUAGGGAGCAAGAACCGGGUGGGGCCCCAGUCCCACCCCUGCUCCCCUCACAACGCCCUUCAGUCCCACAUCCUCUUCCCCAUCCAGGGGCCUCUGCCCAGGUUCCGUCAGCCAAAAGACCUUCACCUGACCCUGAUCUGUCACUGUCUGGAUUGGAACAGGCCAGCUGGUGCAGUCAGUGGGCUGACUGAACAGGCUACUUGGUUUUAGCCAUUCACCUAGAACCACAUCACAGAAAUCUUCUAGUGCCUAAAAACUGCCUGCUUGCUCUCUGAGAUGGAGAGCUGCUGUGUCAUAAGCACAAUACUGAUUCUCUUCUGCCUGCUGGAACUCUCUGGUCCCCAUCAAGUGAGUGGCCCUUCCUUUGCUGACCUUGGCCCUUCAUCCCUCCCUUCUGUCCUGGGACAGGAAGGCUUCCUUUCCUGCAGCUGCCUCCCAUUCGAAACCCGGCCCCAUUCCAGCUGGCUGCCCUGGCCCUUCUCCUCUGGGGGUCUUUGCUCUCCUCCAGCCCAGCUGUUUCACCCUCCAGCUCUUUGAGGCUUUAGCUGUUGCCCUUCAGAGGAGAACAAUGGGGUACAGGGACUUUGGGGGAGACUUCCUGGCCACCUGAUUAUCUCCCCACUGCCUCCAGGCCUCUAGGUCUGAACUCUGACCACCACUAAGGCCUGCCUUCUCUUCCUGCGCUCUGUUCCCAGGAGAUGGCUGCUGUGGUUGGAAAGAGCAGGGGUGGGGAGAGCCAGCUUGAUGCCCAGGAUCUCAGGGGCUCACCAUUCUCAUUGUCCGAGGCUCUACUUGUCCCCCACAUGCACCUCAGGCAGGAAAGAGGCAGAAGCUUGUAGAUAGAGGAUAUUCAACCCCAAACAAGGAGGACCUUCCUGAGAUGGCUGUCCUGCACCUGCCUGCUCCUCUUUCCCAUUUCUGCCCACUCACUGGGCCCCUUCUCUUCCAUUCUCUCCCUCUCUUCCCUUUCCCCACUAUGUAUCUUCUUCUCUGACCCCUAGUUCCUUUAUUCUCCCCUGGCUGCCCUUUUCUCACACCCGUGGAUCAAAGGGACAAAGACCCAUUAGCAAACACAAAUAAACAAUGACACUGAUCCAGGUUACUGGUUCAGGACCUAACUGGGCAUCUCCCCAGCUCACUGGUCCUUCCCUGAAGGGGGCACUGCAGUAUCAGGCAGAUCCAUGCCUACCCUCAGCUCCAUGAGGGGGUGCCCAGUGCUAGCCCAUCACAGUCCCUUCUCUCUCUUUAACCCUGGAGGUGAGCAGGGUGCGACCACCUACUAGGGAGCUAACAAUGAGCACUGCAAUUUCUCCCCCAAUGCCAUGGGAAGAGACAUAAGAGGAUCCCCCAUUCUCAGGGCCAGGGCAUCUCCCUGAGCCAGAGUUGGGAGGAAUCAGCUCCAGACUGUUUGGUGAAGGUUUCAUACUAAGACCAGACUGUCACCAGUCAGAUUCCAGCAACAGUGCCCUUAGAGAGCAUUUUACAUAAUCUUAGUUCCAUAGGGAUAGUCCUUUUAAAAGGCAGGAUGGGGAGAACUCAUCAGCCCUAGGAAUUUUUAAUCUAACCAAGUCCAAACCCCACAAGGAAAUCAUUGGACUGCUUCCUCACAGAUUUCAACAAUUCCAAACCUCUUUCCUCUCCCCAAAGCUUGCCUGCCCCCGCCCCAGCCUAAGCAGGACUGGGUCAAAUGAAUUACAAGGGGGUGAAGGUUGGGGUUGACUGCAGAGAGGCAAGGACUUAUUCCCUCUGCUUUCCUCCUCACAAACACAUAAACCUUCUAAAGGGCUGGUCCCCAUGGGUUUAUGAGCACUUGUUCCAGAAGGUAAGGUGAAGGAGGAUGGAAAAGAGGAAAUUGAUCUACAUAAAGCAGAUGAACACGCCUAGGUGCAAAAGUGUGUCUCACAGCUUGAUCCCUAAGCCCAGAACACUUUGACUCUGUAGCCCUUGGCCAGUCCUCCCGAAGACCACUUUCUUGUGGACAGGGGAAAGGACAGACCAUGGGUAGGUGAGAUUCUCUCCCCUAGGUGUCUAUACUGCUCGUACUAAACCAGAGAUCUGUCUCAUCCAACCAAAACAUCUUCUGGACCCCAAGUUCUCCAGCCCUCAGGGGAGUGCUUUCCCUGGGCUUCCUGCCCCAAUCUUCUCUCUGACAAGAUGUGUUUCUCUCUGUCUCUGGGUUCAUUUGAUAGAUUGAUUCCAAAAUAGUUUUCAUUCCAAGUCUUACCAUUGUCAGGUUGAAAAUCUCUUUUGUCAGUUGAAAUCACAGACUUCAGCUGGGAUGGUUGUCCUUAUAAAGAAUUGCUUCUACUUUGUCCUUAGGUAAGAAGAGGAGUGAAGAGAAGGAGGGAGGAGGAGGAAGGGAGUGGGAAAGAAACAGCGAAAGUGAUGAAAAGACUUAGGCCUACAAACUUGCUGCAAUUCAGAUCCCCAUUUCAAAAUCCAGAAGACUGUGUCUUAAUUAGGACAUAAAGGUACAGCAGGAACCUCUUGUUCACAGUUUUGUAUUACCCUGUUUCAAUUACCUGGUCCAAAAAUAUUAAAAUUUGUGCUGACUAAAAAGAGAGAGCAUAUUCACAUAACUUUUACAGUAUUUUACAAUAUAUUGAUAUAAUUGUCCUCUUUUAUUGUUAAUUUUGUUCAUUUCUUUCUGUGCUUAAUGUACAAAUUAAACUUUAUCACAGAUAUGUAUAUACAUUAAAAAAAAAUAAGACGUGGAAUUCAGCACUACCCGCUAAACAUGGUUUUAGCUUUCAGUAGGCAUUGGAAAGUAUAUCAACCCACAGUAGGGUGGGAGCCACAGUAAGAGGGGACUCUGUUUGCUCAGCUAUCUCACCUAUCACUAUGGAAUAAGCAAAGCCACACUGCCAGGUAGGUCCACUUAAGAGAGAAUUCUGGGUCCGGAGCCCAGAUAUCACAGCUUCUAGCCCAACCGGGCUUGCCCCUGUUCCUAGCAAAGGAAUCCUAAAGCCCAAGAUUUUCCUUUGCUCAUUUUGUUCUUUUGUCUCCCAUUCCUCUGAUAGGAAUGGACUGGAUUCUGCACAGGUUUCUCCUGCCUUGAAUGUUCUUCCUAAGUCUCUGUGUGCCCCUCAUGCCUGUCCUCCCUUAUGGUCUUGCUUCCUCCAAUGAACUCCUGAGUCCAAGCACUCUUGAGUCACAAAGGCUUUGCAAGAAUUCCUUAACCUCCUAAGGAGCUUCUGUCCUCAGGGACACCCAAUGUCUUGAGUGGUGAGUCUCUGUCCCUUAGAAAGUUCCCACCUCCUCCAGGCUAAAAUUCCUCCCCGCCCCUUUCCACUUUCACUUCCAUUUUAACCUCAGUCUCCUGUAUCAGUUCACUCUUCCCUUCCUCUCAUCUGCUUCCUUAUUUACCUUCUUUCAUCUCAAAUUUAUUUUCCCCUGGUCAUGGUCUCUAAUUUUAAGAACUAGAGCUCUGGAGGGAAAUCAUAGAAGAAUCAGGCAUUUUUCAGGUCUUUUGUUUCCUCUCUGGUUUAUCUUUCACUUCCUACACCCAGGAGAUGAAACUCCAGGGUAUGAAGCCAAGAGCUCUCCCCCUCUGACCUUUAGGAGGGAAAGGAGAGGCUGCUGGUCCAGAAGUGUCACAGCCAAAAGAUCAGCUUUGGUUCUUGCAGCUGUAAAACCCAUGAAGCUCCUGACACAACUUGCUACUAGCCCAGAGGCUACUGCUCUGGUCAAAUUUUCAUACGUUUGGGGACUCUCAGCCACUUACUCCUCCUUCCUGCAAGUGAGCCUCACAUUCCUCCUUUGUCUCAGAAGAUUUGUGGGCCUCAUGAUUCUCCAAGCAUGGAAGAGUAUCCAUCCCAACAUCCCUGCCACCAAACUCAAUGCAUCUCCUUCAGAGACACCUUGACUGGCACCAGCCUCCUACCCUGAUUCCUUCCAUAGGUAACUGUGGGCUUGACCCAAGGUAGCAGUUUGAAAGGGCUGCCAAUCACAUCCACCCUAGAAGGGACCCGCUCUGAGAAGAGCUAGCACAUUACUUUCCAUACGUCACAUGCAUUCUUCUAUCAUCCUCUCUAAAUCUGGGGAACUUUGUUCAUGACUAUUUUCAAGGAAGCAUGUUGUGUUUCAAUGAAGUAUUUUGUGUGAGGGUUAAAUGUUAUUUUUUAUAAAAUGCAGCAUUUUAAUGGUAGAUUCAAAUAUGAAAGGCCAGUCUUCCUGGGCUCUGUAUUUGAUUUUUGGAAGGCAACAUACUCAAGGAGAAAAAGGUACAGGGCUGAGGCUCUGGAGACAUGGCUUCCAGCCCUGGCUUUGUCUCCAUCCUACCACAUUACUAAGAGAAGUCACAUUCCUGCUCAGUGCCUCAGUUUCCCCAUCUGUAAAAUGAGGGGCUUCAAUUAGAUGAGAUUCCAAGUUUCACCCAGGUCUUAUAUUCUAUGACAUUCGUUUCCCAUCUGCAUCCUUUUUUUUUUUCUUCCACGUCCUUCCCUGCCUCAGCUGAGUUGCACAUAUCCCGCCUAUGCCUGCCCCCUACAAAGACAUCCUCAGAUACCCUAGACAGCCACCAGACUCCUUGACGGUCCCGGCCACUCACAGAUGCUCUCAUACCUGAAGAUUAAGGGCCUGAGCACUCUGCAAAACACCAACCAUGUGUCAAAAAGCCUCUCACACAGACACACCUAAGCCGCCCAGGUGUCUGUGACACUAGGAAAUUCUGAGUUUGGAGCUUUCAUUUUUAAUAUGGUCCCUAUAGCUGGAGGGAGGCAGUUCCAAUUUCAGAGAGGGGGUGGACUGGAAAAGAGAGAUCUAGAUUGGCCCGUGAAGUUUGGGCAUGAAGUUUGUAUCUGGGAACAACUGGAAAACACAUUCCAAGCCUCUAAAUUGCACACUUGGCAAAGGCUCCAUGUGGCAAAAGAUGCUAUUGUAUCCCACUCUGGAAUGUUCUCCUAAACACCAAGACUGGAAACUGAGGCUCCCUUCCAACUGGAGAGGAAGAGGCACCCAACCCGGGCUGCUAGGAGUCACGUUCUAGGACUGCUAGGAGGUGGGCACUCACCCCAUCCUAGUAUCUUCCUAUCCCCUCAUUGUGACACUACUGCCCUCCCAGUGAAGGCUUGUGAAGCAAGAAUGGAGACUCCAAGUCGGUAUCAUCAAACCCAUCGCGUAAAUGGCAAACACAUUAACUUUUCAUCAGAAAAAGGACACUGUGUGUUUCCUUAAUACCCUUCCUGCCGAGGGAAGAGAAGACCCUGCUCAACUUUUCUGCCUGUCCUGCAGUGACCCUCAAAUGCCACUUCAUGGGAGGACCCAUUCAUUCGCUUCGUAGUGGAAAAAAAUUCCUCUAGUUCUAUAACCCGACUAGACAUUUUGUAGUAAAGAAUCCUUGAAAUUCUCUAAUAAAAAGCAAUUCUUACUAUAAUAUUUUUAGUUUGGGGACACACUUUCCUAAGGGGUAAUUAAUGAACAUUUUUAUGCAUUAGCCCACUUUAUGGAUUCUAUGUUUAUUACCUAUGGUAGUAUUGAUGAAAUUACCUUUCUAUCCGUACCUUUGCAAUUUCUUCAUUACUCAUAUGUAAGCUUCACAAUGAGCAGUGCUCUUGUUAACUGCUCCUGUACAAAUCUCAUUGUCAUCCUUACCUGUCAAAGCACAUUCUAUAUGUACUGUAAACAGAUAUCACUUUAGUAAUAUUUAGUCUUAAGGAUUUUUUCCACUUUUGUCAGUAACAGAUAUUUAUGGAUUAAAAAAAUAAAGCUGUUUCAACGUAACUUGUGUCUCUGAAAGUAGCUACAUACUCACUUUUACUGAGUCCAUUAAACUAGUGGUAAUUAAGCAGAAAGAAAGGAUGCAGAAGAUUGACGCUGAGAGUAGACGCAAAGACUGACCAUAAACAGAAGGUAGGAGACUUUUGAGGGGUGAUGAGAAUAUUUUAAAACUGGACUGUGGCGAUAGUUCCACAUUGCCAUCAUGGAUGUGUAUACUUUCAAUGGGUUCAUGCUCUGGUAUGCAAACUAAACUCGACUAGUCUCUUUAAAAAUGGGGGACAGAUGGCAUGUAGGAAGGUAAGCCCAGGACAAAUACCAGUGGAAAAGCUAUCCCCAUUCACAGCAGAAUCAGAAGUUCUAAGGUUAUAUCCAUACUUCUUUACCCCAGAACCAUUACCUUUGGACAUUAGAUCCUAGUUCGAUUUUAAUUUCUGUAGUUACUAUGGUUGAUCAGAGGAAGGGUAGCUAAAUAUUCAACUCAUAGAAUCAAGUUUCACCAUGAAACCAAUUUACAGCUUUGUGCAAGACUUUCUUUCUCUGGACAUGAAUCUUAUUUUCUUUGGCUCAUGUCCACUUUUACUACUAAGGUUACAUCUUGUUCACUGGAGCCUAGAUACAGGCUGACCAAACAAAGUGUUGCCAAACAGGACAAUUGGCCAAAUCCCCAACCUGAGCUGCUUCACGGUGCCUAGAAUCCAUCUUUAGUUAUACUCUCUUCCCAACCUUCCAAGUCCCUUGUAAAUAAAAUCUUCAUUGGAUGCAUUGCUCUUAUAUUUAAAAAUACAUGUAUUCUCUCUUAUCAGAGGCAUCCAUUCCUUAACUACAAAGUGCUUACUGCCCUUAUACAUUAUAGCCCAUGAGCACCUCAAU